CGUGCAGUCGUGCGUUCCCUUCCCUCGCUCACCGCCGCCGCCGGCGCUACCCUCCGGCAGUCUGCCGCCACCGCUUCCACUCCAAUGGAUUGCCCAGCAUGAAGCAUAUUCCACUACCUCCACACGGUCUCGUCAAUCCGCCGCCGGUGAUUGCCCCUGCCAUAAUGACAUCGGGUCCUCGCCCCCCACCGCCCCAUGGGCCUACCUGACCACCUCCGUGGACGCCUUGACGACCUCGGGGGAGGGAGGACGUGAUGCGGAGCUUGGACUUGGCAGGAAGGUGGAGGAUACAAGGAUAUUCGCGGUUCCGGAUGAGCAUUGAGCUGGAGGACCCGUUCUUGCAAUCGAGCACGGUGAGGCUUGUGGGUUCAGGCUCUGACCGGACCGGGUUGAGGCGGACGGUCACUGCCGGUGACCUAUGGGGAGAGAGCGGCAGCACCAAGAAUGUGAAGAACUGGAAAAGGAGGAGUUCUUGGAAGUUUGAUGAAGACGAUGAUGACUUUGAAGCUGAUUUCGAGGAUUUCAACGAUUGCAGUAGCGAGGAGGAGGUGGAUUUUGUACGUGAGGAAAAAGAAUUCCAAUUGAACAGUUCGAAUUUUGUGGAACUCAACGGCCAUACCACCAAAGUCGCCAGCAGGAAGCGAAAGACCCAGUACCGAGGGAUCCGACGGCGCCCGUGGGGCAAAUGGGCAGCUGAAAUCAGAGACCCACAGAAGGGCGUCCGAGUUUGGCUUGGCACGUUCAGCACUGCCGAGGAAGCUGCAAAGGCAUAUGACGUGGAAGCUCUACGCAUACGUGGCAAGAAAGCCAAGGUGAAUUUCCCUAACACCAUCACAGCUGCUGGGAAACACCACCGGCAGCAUGUGGCUCGACCAGCAAAGAGGAUGUCACAAGAGAGCCUGAAGUCAAGCGAUGCCUCUGGUCAUGUCGUCUCAGCAGGCAGCAGUACUGAUGGCACCGUUGUCAAGAUUGAGUUGAUAGAGUCACCAGCUUCUCCACUACCAGUGUCCAGCGCAUGGCUUGAUGCUUUUGAGCUGAACCAACUUGGUGGAUUAAGGCACCUUGAAGCUGAUGGGAGAGAAACCACUGAAGAAACUGAUCAUGAAACGGGAGUGACAGCAGAUAUGGUUUUUGGCGAUGGCAAAGUGCGGCUUUCAGAUGAUUUUGCGUCUUACGAGCCUUACCCAAAUUUUAUGCAGUUACCUUACCUGGAAGGUAACUCGUAUGAAAACAUUGACACUCUUUUCAACGGUGAAGCCGCUCAGGAUGGCGUGAACAUCGGAGGUCUCUGGAAUUUCGACGAUGUGCCAAUGGACCGUGGUGUUUACUAAAGCACAGCAGCCUGAUUCAACAUCCCGCAUAAGCCAUCGAGAUGUUAAAAAAUAUAUACAUUUUUGUCUAUUUUCCGAAAAGUUGCUAUUCUCUUACAUCGACACAGGGGGCGAGGGAAGAAGCUGGCUUUAUUUCAGGUGAUUUGCAGUGACAUAACGUCUGUUGAGCUGUGGUGCAAGAUGAUUCCUAGUUCUUUCUGGUUGGAAUACCCAAAGAGUGAUGCAUUGCAUGCUGAACUUGUGAGCAGAGAAACAUGUUUAGCUGUUGCGUGAUUUUUUUUUUGUUUUUUUUGUUUCAUAUCAUGUCCCCAACCCCCCAAAUCAUUGUUCCAUCCAUUACCAUUCAGGUGUAUGUGAUUGCUGGAAAUCUUUCUGUAUCAAGAGUUUGUGCUUAAUAUUAAAUUCAACUCAAUCUGUUGGGCUUGUA